GCAACCCUUUACCUACCACCCAUCACCCCAGCCCGACUCGCAGUAAAUAAACACAACAUCCACACCACCCACUGCCCCACCGACCGCCAUGUCAAAAGACCUCGCGAGCUUCCACGAGGCUCUCCUGCAGUCCAAGCGUGUCCUUGCGGUCUGCGGCGCCGGUCUCUCCGCUAGCUCGGGUAUCCCCACCUUCCGCGGCGCAGGCGGUAUGUGGCGUAAACAUAACGCGCUCGAACUCGCGACUCCCGAAGCAUUUCGCAAAGACCCAGGAUUAGUGUGGCAGUUUUACUCAUUGCGCCGCCACAACGCCCUCAAGGCGGCACCGAACGCGGCCCAUUACGCACUCGCAGAGUUUGCGCGACAACGACCUUUCCCAGAGUUCUUGACGUUGACCCAGAACGUCGAUGGACUCUCUGAAGGUGCCGGGCACAAAGGGAAGAGCGUCGAAUUCUUGCAUGGAAGUCUGUUCCGUGUCCGGUGCGCCCGUUCCUGGUGUAGGUAUGAACGCUUCGAUAUCAGCGACCCGAUAACCCCCGCGCUAGCCGUGCCGGAGGGGGAGGAGGACGGCGCGUGGAGAGAUGUUCCGAUCGAGGGUUUACCGAAGUGUCCUGAGUGUAGGACCGGAUUAUUGCGGCCGGCGGUCGUAUGGUUCGGCGAGGAACUCGACUCCCAGAUGUUGAAGCGUAUACAGCAGCACAUCGCACGCGACCCAGUGGAUCUCUGUAUCGUCAUUGGAACAAGCGGGACCGUGUAUCCGGCUGCUGGCUAUGCUAGCCAGGUCAAGGCGCAGGGCGGCAAGGUAGCCAUCGUGGAUAUCGAUUGCAGUGUGAGGGGCGACGACGCGGACUGGCUGUUUGAGGGCGAUGCGGCGAGGGUACUCUAUUUAUCCACCUUCCCUCUUUCUGACACGUGCUGACCGCGACGGAUAGCUGGUCCCCGAGAUGCUCCGGCCGAUAAUCGGAGAAGUGUGCGUGCCGCCGGAACACCCAACGGUGCGGCAAUGCCUGGAGGAACAGAUAAGGAUAGCACAGAGCAGCCCGCCGAGCCCACAAAGCCCGCAGAGUCCGGUCAUGACCCCGAGCUGGACCUCAACCCUUGUAUAGGGAGGGCAUCGGGCGAAAACCGCAUAUCAAAUUUUCAUGAUACUCAUGGCUUUUUUUUUU